AUGACUUCUCUCGUCGAUAUCGUACCCCCUGGUGUGGUCACUGGUGACGACCUUUUGACUCUCCUCCAACAUGCUCGCACGGAGGGAUAUGCCAUCCCCGCUGUCAACUGCACAAGUUCUUCCACUGCCAACGCCGUCUUGGAGGCUGCUCGCAAAUCCAAAUCCCCCGUCAUUAUCCAGGUAUCCAACGGAGGAGGUGCUUUCUUGGCUGGAAAGGGUAUUAAAUUCGCCGAUGCUGCCGCUGCCGGAUCUGUCGCUCUUGCCAUGCAUGUUCGUUCCGUUGCCAAAUACUACGGUAUUCCCGUGGUGCUACAUUCGGAUCAUUGUGCCAAAAAGCUCUUGCCUUGGUUCGAUGCCAUGCUCAAGGCCGAUGAAGAAUUCUUUGCCAAGUUUGGUGAACCUCUCUACUCCUCACACAUGUUGGACCUUUCCGAAGAACCCGAUGAUGAAAAUAUUGCCAUUUGUGUCGAAUAUUUCAAGCGCAUGGCCCCCAUGAAGAUCUGGCUCGAAAUGGAAAUUGGAAUCACGGGAGGAGAAGAGGAUGGUGUCAACAAUGAAAAUGUCGACCCCGAAAAACUUUAUACUAGUCCCGAGCAGGUCUAUGCUGUCUACGAUGCUCUUUCCAAGGUCGGUGACAUGUUCUCCAUUGCCGCUGCCUUUGGUAAUGUCCACGGUGUCUACAAACCCGGAAAUGUCGUUCUUUCUCCCGAGCGUCUUGGAAAGCACCAAGAGUAUGCUCGCAAGAUGCUCAACUCACCAUUGGAAAAACCCAUUUACUUGGUCAUGCAUGGAGGUUCUGGUUCCACCGAUGAUGAAAUCAAGACUGCCGUCAAAAAUGGUGUCAUCAAGAUGAACAUUGACACAGACACGCAGUGGGCAUACUGGGAUGGCCUUCGAAACUUUGAAAAGGAAAAGCACGAUUAUCUGCAAGGACAGAUUGGAAAUCCCACUGGUGCCGACAAGCCCAACAAAAAGUUUUAUGAUCCCCGAGUCUGGGUCCGAAAGGCCGAAGAAACCAUGGUAGAACGUGUCAUGGUCAGUUGCGACAAACUCGGAUCAAAGGGAACAUACGAACCGGCUGAUCCAGAGCAGGGAUCUCCCCAGAUUGGAGAAAUCAAUGGUCCCAACCCAAUAGUGCUCAUGACCGCCGCUGCCAUUGUUGGUUCUGCAGCAACUCUUCUUGUCAAAGCCAUGAUGAAGUAA